AGACAAUUUCUUGAUUCAAUAGCUUUUGACCUUUUUGCCAAUCCGUAUUAUAGUAUACCUCACUAGGUAAGCCUAAUUCACACUAAAUUACUUUUGAUUGGCUCCUUCAACUAAACUUCAUGAUGGCUUGGUAAACGCUGAACUUCUACAACAUAACUUUUGAAUUGGGUUUGUUUGUGGCUGGAAUUCAAGACUUUUUAUGAAUUAAUCAUCUUUUUUUUGGCUCUGUUGUUUCUGAAAUAUGCAGUCUUUCUUGUUUUGUUGUUCAUGGUUUUGAGCUGAAACCUGCUAUUUAUGCCCCAGAACCUUCUUAUUCAUCUUUAGUCUCUUUUGGUUAGUGAUUGAAGAUUUCUUUCCCAUUUACACGUUUUUAUCAUUGGUGGGGUUUGGAAUUUAGAUUGAUGAGUGUGUGAUUGUGAGACAUGCGGGGAAAUGUUUCUGAGUUGGCUUUAGGUUGCAUGACAUACAGAAAACAAAGAGGCAAAGAAGUUGCAAUUGAAGAUUAGAUAAUAUAAUCAACUUGUUGGUCUCAUCUUCAAAGUCAAGUCCUUUUUGACAGUGAUUUGAGCCUGUCUGCUGCUGAUUCUAUAGAUGGCUUUGUGUUAUUGAGAAAAUUCCAGAUCGAAGUUUUACAGCCACUGCCAGGCUCUUCAGCUGCUCUGUGCUGUGUUGUGCUGGUAAGAAUAUUCAAUAGGAAACCACAAAGUUUUAAAGGGGAGCACUUUGCUUUUUUGUGUGUAGAAGGAAGCUUGAGGUGAAGUACUUGUAGUUUGAUGAGGGUUAAGGCUUUGGCUUUGGCGUGUGAAAUGUGAAGAAUCCUUUAUGGGUAUGAACAAGACUAUUGUUUGGUUUAGGAGGGACCUUAGAAUUGAGGACAAUCCUGCAUUAGCUGCUGCUGCUAGGGAAGGUUCUGUCUUCCCUGUCUAUAUUUGGUGCCCCAGAGAUGAAGGGCAGUUUUAUCCUGGUCGAGUGUCAAGGUGGUGGCUGAGACAUUCUCUUGCUCAGUUGGAUAAUUCGUUGAAAUCACUUGGAGCUGAACUUGUGCUGAUCAAAACUGAUAGUACUCUUGAGGCUCUGUUGGAAUGUGCAAAUGCAAUUCAAGCAACAAAAGUAGUGUUUAACCAUCUCUAUGAUCCAGUUUCUCUUGUUCGUGAUCACAACAUCAAAGAAAAACUAGUGGAACAUGGUAUAGGUGUGCAAAGCUACAAUGGAGAUUUGUUGUUUGAGCCAUGGAAUAUAUAUGACGAGAGUGGACAUGCUUUUACGGCUUUUGAUCCCUUUUGGAACAAAUGUUUGCAGAUGCAAAUGCAAGCUUUGUCAUCUAUUCCUUCUUGUCAACUAAUCCUAGCUGAAGGCAAAGUUGGGAAAUGUUCAAUAGAAGAACUGGGUCUUGAGGAUGAAUCAGAGAAAUCCAGCAAUGCAUUGUUAGGAAGAGCAUGGUUUCCAGGUUGGAACAAGACUGAGAAGGCUUUAAGAGAAUUUUUUGAACAGCACCUACUUCACUACUCCAAAAACAGGUUAAAGAUUGGUGGGGACUCCACUUCGCUAUUGUCACCAUAUAUUCAUUUUGGAGAACUGAGUGUGAGGAAAGUUUUUCAGUUGGCACGUGCCAAGCAGAUAUUAUGGGCAAAUGAAGGAAACAAUGCUGGUGAAGAGAGUGUAACUCUUUUUCUCAGGGCCAUUGGACUUAGAGAGUACUCACGUUAUCUUUGUUUCAAUUUCCCAUUCACAUUAGAGAAGCCACUUCUUGGGAACUUGACAUAUUUUCCUUGGGAAACUGAUCCUGAUAAGUUUAAGGCUUGGAGACAAGGUAGAACUGGCUAUCCUCUAGUUGAUGCAGGAAUGAGAGAACUUUGGGCAACAGGAUGGAUACACAACAAAAUAAGAGUCAUAGUUUCUAGCUUUGCAGUGAAAAUGUUGCUCAUACCAUGGAGAUGGGGAAUGAAAUACUUCUGGGACACACUUUUGGAUGCAGACCUUGAAAGUGACAUCUUGGGGUGGCAGUAUAUCUCAGGUUGCUUACCUGAUGGCCACAAGCUUGAGCGUUUAGAUGAUCCUGCGAUUCACGGGGCUAAAUUUGAUCCAGAAGGAGAGUAUGUACGUCAAUGGCUGCCUGAGUUGGCAAGAAUGCCAGCUGAGUGGAUUCACCAUCCUUGGAAUGCACCCCUUACUGUGCUAAGAGCAUCAGGAGUUGAGUUGGGACAAAACUAUCCAAAACCAAUCAUUGACAUAGAUGUGGCAAGAGAACAGUUGACAGAAGCUAUAUUCAAGAUGUGGGAAAAUGAGGCAGCUUCAAAAGGGUCUGGUUCAGAAGGAAGACAUGAAGUUGUUGAUGAAAGUGAAAAUUUGGCCAUUCCAAAGGUUUUCUUGAAGGACAAGGCUCCACCGGCCAAUUCUUCAUCUAAUGAUCAGAAGGUGCCAACACUUCACCAACCCCAGAACGAUCCUCCUCAUAGAAAGAGAUUAAAAUGUUCUGCAGAGAUCAAUCAUAAGCAGAACAGUUCACAAAAUCUUAGCAAGGAUACUGGAGUGUCAAUCAUUGAUCAAGAGAUUUCCUCCACAGCUGAAUCUUCAUGCAGGAGGCAGAGUUCAAGCACUUAUUCAUUCUCUGUCCCAGAACAGUGUUCCUCAUCUUCCAAUAUGAGGUGCUCAUGGCAAGAUCAGCUGGACAUGGAAACCAGUUCUAGCAAAGAUGGACCUUUGGGAGGGUGAUGCUCCUUGCAAUCAUAAAUGUAGUAUACAGUGUCAGUCACACUUCUCAACAGGGAAAACAAAAAGUGCCAUAUUUAAGUUUUACUGUUUAAUGUUUUCAGUAUAUGUUUACUUUUCUAUAUCUUCUAUCUCAUAUUAAUGCAUGCAUACUUAAUUUCAAUAAAGGCUUAAAGAUCUUGAACUCAAAAUAGAAUAACACAGGAUUGAAACAUCAGACAAACAUAUUUACCUGAUCACCUGAAGGGUAAAAGUAUAUACCUAUCUCAUCUCUUCCUUUGCUCUUUA